AUGCAUAAUGUGACCGCGGCCCCGCCCACACUCACCGCGGCCCCGCCCACACUCACCGCGGCCCCGCCCACACUCACCGCGGCCCCUCACUCACCGCGGCCCCGCCCUCCCUCACCGCGGACCCGCCCUCACUCACCAUGGCCACGCCCUCCCUCACCGCGGACCCGCCCUCACUCACCGUGGCCACGCCCUCCCUCACCGCGGCCCCUCCCUCACUCACCGCGGCCCCCCCCUCACCGUGGCCCCUUCCUAACUGCGGCCCCUCCCUCACUUACCGCGGCCCCUCCCUCACCGCGGCCCCUCCCUCACCGUGGCCCCUCCCUCACCUGCGAGGAGGAGGUGGUACUGAAGUCACAAUCGACUCGACCGAAGUCAACACAGCUCCUGGUCCUGAGACCCUCACCGGGACGCACCGGAAGCUCCGCCCCCAUCUGCAACAAGACCAGCCUCAGUCCUGGAUCCUCGUCUCCUUUUGGAAACGAGCUGCAGUUUUGGUCUUUCUUCACUCGCAUCGCUGCACCUGCAACCGACCAAUCAUAUGUCAGGUCGGAAGUGUCAUAUUCAGAGGCUCCUCCCCUUCCGGUCUCUUUCCGUCGAGGCUCCUCCAGCGGCGCUGUGAAAAUGCAGAUUUUUGUGAAGACGUUGACGGGGAAAACCAUCACCCUCGAGGUGGAGCCCAGCGACACCAUCGAGAAUGUGAAGGCCAAGAUCCAGGACAAAGAGGGGAUUCCUCCGGAUCAGCAGCGUCUGAUCUUCGCCGGGAAACAGCUGGAGGACGGACGCACUCUGUCAGACUACAACAUCCAGAAAGGUGUGUUGGAUCGGUGCUCUCCAAACCCGUGCCAGAACCGCGCGCUGUGCCGUGUGCGCGCGGACGGGUACGCGUGCUUCUGCGUCCCCGGGUUCCAGGGCGCGCGCUGCCAGAUCAACGUGAACGAGUGCGCGUCACAGCCCUGCGGGAACCGAGGCACGUGCGUGGACCGCGUGGGCGCCUUCGACUGUCUGUGCGCGCCUGGAUUCACCGAAGGAGCAGCGUCUGACCCUCGGGAUCAGAAGGAGCAGCGUCUGACCCUCGGGAUCAGAAGUGGCUGA